UGUGUGGUUAUAAAAUAAACCCAUUACAAGUAAUAUCUGCCAUAACAAACACUCUUUCAUUGUCUGAGCUCAUUUCUGAAACCAAAAAUAUGGAUCUUGGAACCGCGUUGUCCGUUGCUCAAACUCUGUUUGCUUCUCUUCAAUGUUCGCAGCUCAAAGAAUUGAGCUCCUUUUUUGGCGUUGGGUAUAAAUCCCAACUUGAAGACCUCCAAGAGACUGUCUCCACUGUCAAGGCUGUGCUCCAAGAUGCUGAGAUCAAGCAGGACCAGCUUUCUUCUGAAGCACAACUCUGGAUUCAGAAGCUCAAGGAUGCUGUUUAUGAUGCUGACGAUUUGUUCGAUGAGUUCGUCACUCUUGUUAAGCAAAAGCAGCUCAUCAAGGGUCAGAAACUCUCCAAAAAUGUGAGUCUCUUCUUUUCUCGUUACAAUCCUAUCAAGAUGGCUCACUCUAUGUCCCAAGAGGUUAAGAAAAUUCGGAGGAAGUUUGAUGCUAUUGCCAAUAAUCACUCUCAAUUUGGCAGUAGUAUUGAUCCUCAGCCUAUCAGGAGGAGGAGGGAGGAGACAUGUUCUUACAUCUGUGAGGGUAGUAUCAUUGGGAGAGAGGAUGACUUGGAGGAACUUGUAGGUCAUCUGUUGAAUUGUUCAACCAUUCAACAAGAUGUUUCUUUCCUCACUAUAGUGGGAAUCGGAGGAUUGGGGAAAACUGCUCUUGCCCAACUGGUGUAUAAUGAUCCAAGGGUCACAAGUGCAUUCCCAUUGAGGUUGUGGACUUGUGUCUCUGAUCAUGAUCAGGAGCAGUUGGAUGUGGAAAGUAUACUUCGUAAGAUUUAUGCUUCAACUGGUCAAACGCAUGAGGAAUCUACCAUAGAAAGGUUACAAAGCAAACUUCGAGAAAAAUUAUCAAGCAGCCAAUACUUGCUUGUUUUAGAUGAUGUAUGGACUGAGAAUCGCAAUCACUGGCUUAAGCUUGUAGAGUUCUUAUUGGGAGGCCAGAGGGGAAGUUGGGUUGUGGUAACAACACGGUCGCACAAGACAGCCCAAAUUGUAGGGGGUGGUAAAAAAUAUGAGCUCCAAGGGUUGUCAAAGGAGAAUUCAUGGUCCUUGUUUAAGAAAAUAGCAUUUGGAUCAGAACAAUUAAGCCCUCACGAAGAUUUGUUGAAGAUUGGCCGAGAGAUUGUUGAAGGAUGUGCCAGUGUUCCUCUUGCCAUAAGAGUGGCAGGGAGUCUUCUGUAUGGUCAAGACAAGAGUAGAUGGAUAUCAUUUCAGGAGAUUGGGUUAUUCAACUUGAGAGAAAGCCAAAAGGACAUCAUGCCUAUACUCAUGUUUAGUUAUCAUCAACUUGAAUUGCCCCUCAAAAGUUGUUUCACAUACUGUGCAUUGUUCCCAAAAGACACUGUCAUAGAGAAGGAGUUGUUGAUAAGCCUUUGGUUGGCACAGGGCUACGUUGUUCCGUUAGAUGAUGGUCAAAGGUUGGAAGAUGCUGUUGAGGAGUAUUUUACUAUUCUGAUGCGGAGAUGUUUUUUUCAAGAUGUAGAGCAUGAUGAAUAUGGUGACAUUAUUUCGUGUAAGAUACACGAUCUAAUGCAUGAUAUUGCUCAAAAUGUAGCAGGGAAGGAAAUUUAUUUUGAAAAUUCUGUAACAGACAUUAUGGAUAGAGAAGUCCGACAUAUUUCCCAUGUACGAAGUUGGACAUCCGUUCGUUCUAAGACCCACAUUCGUUCCUUACUGGAUUUUCGUGCAUGGUAUUUUCGUGAUGUGAUUGACGAAUCUUCCUUGAAGGCAUUAGUAGCAAAUUGGAGGUUUUUGAGGGUGUUGGAUUUGAGUAAGUCACGUAUAGAAUGUUUGCCGCACUCAAUAGGUGAAUUGUUGCAUUUAAGAUAUUUAGAUCUCUCAUACAAUCGUGUGCUGGAUGUGCUUCCUCAAUCAAUUACCAAGUUAUAUAAUUUACAGACAUUGAAAUUAUGUGAGUGCAGACAAUUGAAAGAGUUACCAAAAGAUUUGAUGAAGUUGGUUAACUUGAGGAUAUUAAAGAUAAUUGAUUGUGUUAGCCUGACUAAUAUGCCAAAGGGCUUGAGUAAGUUGACUUGCCUUCGUGUGCUGAGUAUGUUUGUAAUGGAUGGAUCAAAGGCAAGUCAGAAGCAAUGGUUUGAUCAACUGGGGGAGCUAAAAAGACUUAACAGCCUGAAAGGUGAUCUUUCUGUCAGAAUCAGAUUUUUUGAAAAUGCCAGAGCAGUUAAGGAAGAUAUAGAUAGGGAAGGAGCAUAUUUGAGGGAUAAGGAACAUCUCAAAUUUAUUAGAAUAAGCUUUGAGAUUAGGGGGAAUGAUGAAGAAGCAAGGAGAUUAAUGGAAGAGCUGCAACCACAUCCGAAUCUCAGGGGAUUACAGUUGCGAAAUUGUGUUGGCAUGAGAAUGCCGAGUUGGGCUUGGGAAAAUAAGUUGGCGACCUCUCUCCCUAAUCUUAAUAUAUUGGAUUUUUUAGACUGCUGGAUGGAGGACUUGACAUGCCUGGGAAAUCUGCGUCAUUUGGAAUUCCUUAAACUUUCCCGCUGUCGGAAAUUGAAGUACAUUUUUGAAAAGAGUGCAUUAGCAGGUGGCAGUGAUCCAAAUGGAUUAUUUCCCCGCCUGAGAAAGCUGGUUAUGGACUACCUUCCACAGUUGCAAGGAUGGACAAAUAUAGGGGAGGGGGUGGGAGAUAAUAAUCAUAUUAACAGCAGCUUCAGCAUGGCACCAAUACCACUUCCUCAAUUGACGUUUUUGUUCAUAUCAAAUUGCCCAAAUUUAAUAUCGAUUCUGCUAUGUCCCAACUUAGUAGAACUACAUAUCUAUUGGUUCAAUAAAAGACUCCAAAUAAUUACGAAAUUGGGGAAUGAAAAGGCGGAUGCAAGUGGCAGUACUACUGGUUCUUCAAAUGUUAUUUCCAAACUCAGGGAAGUUUGGCUAGAUGAUGUUCUAUGGCUUAAUUCGUUUCCCAGAGAAGUAAUUCAGAGUCUUGAUGAGCUGCGUAUGUCGUCUGAGUUGGAGAGUUUGAAAGAAGCUGGGGAUGUGUUCAGUAGCUGCUCGUCUUCCCUACGAUCCUUGAGAAUCGAAAAAUGCCGCAAAUUGAGGAGUGUUAUUUCUGGAGGAUUGGAACAUCUCACUGCCUUGCAGGCUUUAACAAUCUCUGAAUGCCCAAAUGUAAAUUUAUUGGGAGAAGAAGAGGGAAUGAACACUAUUGGCAUGCCAUGGCCAUCCUUUUCUCACUCCCUCCGUAACUUGACAUUGGAUAAUCUCCCACAGCUUGUGGAUCUUCCAAAUUGGAUGCAAUCUUUGGCAGCCCUCCAGACCCUCCAUAUUGGGCGUUGCUCGGGAUUGGAAUGUAUGCCGGAUUGGAUGCCUAAACUGACUUCCCUCAGGAUACUUCGACUCUAUGAAUGUUCAAAACGCCUCAAGGAAAGAUGCCAACAACCCACUGGGGAAGACUGGCCUCACAUUCAACACAUCCCCUCCAUUAAACCGAUAUGAUAAUGCCCAUCCAAAGAAACAAAGUUUCUGCAGAAUUGCUGAUGUAGGUUAUGAUCUUCACUUGGGUUCAGAGGCUUUGAUUUGCUCGUUAGUAUACAGAAAACCAGAUUUGCACACAUUCGUCGUACCCAGACCUGAAAUCAAGUUUCAGAGAAGCUCAGUUCCACGUUAAGUUUGGAGGCUGGAAGGGAGUAUAGGGUAUGCAUAACGUCAAAAUCUUCGGUGAAAAAAAAAGUCACAGCUGAUAAUUAGUGAACAACCUUACCUUUCAGAGUUUAGAUCUUUGUGUGAUAAUUUGAAUCUUCACUUAGCCUCACCCUUUUAUUUGCUUGCAGAGUACAGAUCGACGAGGACUUGAAUGCAUUUGUUGGUCUGUCCUACUCAACCGGAAUACAAGAUCCAUGUUAUACUCAUUUGCCAACAUGCCAAGAUGAUCUCUUACUGUAAAUGGCAGCACUACAUCCAGCUUGAAAAGUUCAUUCUCUGUCCUAGACCUCGCGACAACUUUUAUGGCUAUUACAGCAAACUCUUUUGGUCUGUCUUCAGUAUGUGUGUUGGUGUAUCCGCUUAAAUAUUCUUCCUUUUUACAGUACUAUUCUCACUAUAUUGGUUUGCCAAGUGAAAUAUUCUAUGGCUACUUUCAUAUUUAUUACAGUAUCACUAUGCUCAAAUUUAUCACUCAAUCAGCAACUUCUUUGUCUCUUGAUUUUGCUAGGAGAUUGGUUUUACGGCUCAACCUGGAAAAGUUUGUGCUACUUAUCUGUUUAA